AUGGUUGUCCUGAAUGGUAUUUUAUUAUUUACCAUUUUUACUUUUGUUUCAUCUCGAUCAAUAUUUUUCAAUGAUCCAGUAUUUGGUCAACCAGAACAAAUUCAUUUAUCUUAUGGACGUGAUCCAUCACUUAUGAUAGUUACAUGGGUAACAUUAAAUGAAGUCAAUGAUUCUGUUGUUGAAUAUGGACAAGAUGAUAUAUUCAAUCAACGAGCUACAGGUUCUGUUAGUAUAUUUCAAGAUAGUGGAACUGAACAACGACGUGAAUAUAUUCAUCGUGUUGUUUUACAAGAUCUUGAACCGGGUCAACGAUAUUUUUAUCAUUGUGGUAGUGAUGAAUAUGGUUGGUCACCUCUAUUUUGGUUUACAGCAAUGCGUAAUGAUUCGAAUUUUGUUGCUCGUAUGGCUGUUUAUGGUGAUAUGGGAAAAGAUAAUGCUCAAUCAAUGGGACGUCUACAAGAAGAAACUCAAUUAGGUCAUUUUGAUCUUAUUUUACAUGUUGGUGAUAUGGCUUAUGAUAUGAAUUUAGAUAAUGCACGUUAUGGUGAUGAGUAUAUGAAUGCUAUUGAAUCUAUUGCUGCUUAUAUACCAUAUAUGACUUGUCCUGGAAAUCAUGAAUAUGCUUAUAAUUUUUCACAGUAUGCUGCAAAAUUUAGUAUGCCAUCAUCAAUGAAUACGUAUGGUGGUGAUGCAAAUCAUUUUUAUAGUUUUAAUGUUGGUUCUGCACAUAUUAUUGGAUUUUCAACAGAAUUUUAUUAUUAUGUUGAAUAUGGUUUUGAACAAAUUAUUAAUCAAUAUCAGUGGCUUGAGCAAGAUUUAAUAGAAGCAAAUAAACCUGAAAAUCGUGCACGUCAACCAUGGAUUAUUACUAUGGGACAUAAACCAAUGUAUUGUAGUAAUAAUAAUGACGAUGAAUGUCUUAAGACUGAUGGUUAUAUUUUUAUACGUACUGGUCUUCCAUUUAUUCAAGCAUAUGGUCUUGAAACAUUAUUUGCUCAAUAUGGUGUUGAUCUAGAACUUUGGGCACAUGAACAUAGUUAUGAACGUUUAUGGCCUGUUUAUAAUAUGACAGUAAGUUCAUUCAAUAAUUGA